AUGCUGCCCAGCAUGGAGAGAUCGGUGAAUGGGAUUCUGUUGGCUCUCGGCUUGACUGCCAUGUGUCUCGUGACUGCACGUCAUGCGACCACCUUUGUGGUAACACCGGGCAGUCAGCGGCCGUCCCAGCUGCAGCGACUUGGAAAUGCGGCGUCGCCCGUGGUUCCUUACGCACCAGAGGAAGCAAGUGGUUUUUCGGCGGGCCACGGCCUUGGUGCGCUGGCCGCCGCCUCUGCCCUGGCUGCGCUGGCUGCACGCCGCCGGGGUCGAAAUGAUGCCACUCCGCGAGUUGUGAUGCAGGUCAGGAAGCCCACGCGCUACGCCAAGCCGGCGGCGAAAGGCAUGAAGCCGAUGAUCCAUCGAAAAGAGACCAGGGACGUCUUCAAAGAUGGCUUCGAAGGUUGGGUUGCAAACAAGGACAAGAACAUUGACUUCAUGGAGAAGGUUGUCCGUCAGCAAUUGCACGGCCGAUUUCAGUUCCAGUUCGCGUCCCAGCAUUUCUUCGAUACUACGCCCAUGUCAUCCGGUAUGUCCCGAAACAAGAGGGAUUUCGGUAUCUACAUGAACCACGACUACGAUGACAUGUUCUACGUGCGGAAGUUCUUGGAGCCGGCCAAAUUCAAGAAGCUGGCGCUGGGAAACUGGGAGAUGCCGGAGAAUGCCCCAAAAGUCGCCACCAUGCAAGAGCUUGUAGCAGCAGGAGUCCAGUACGGCCACAAGUCGAACAAGUGGAAUCCGGCGAUGCUGAAGUAUCUCUAUGCCGAUAACGAUGGCACCCACAUCUUCGAUCUGGUGCAGACGGCAGCCAAUCUUAACCGUGCCUGCUACUACUGCAUGGAGGCUGCCGCCAAAGGCGCUUCCUUCAUCCUCAUCGGAACGAAGGAGCAGGCCCGCCCCAUCGUGGCAAAGUACGGUGAGGAAGCUGGCAUCCACUACACUGACAUGAAGUUCGUGGGCGGCUUGCUGAGCAACUUCCCUGUGGUUCGGAAAUCCGUCGAACUCAUGCAGCAGCUUCGGGAAGAGAAGGAGCAGGGUGCUUGGAAUGUCUUCAACGAGUUCCAGCGCUUCAAGAAUACGUGCAAAUUGGAGCGCCUUACGAAGAAGUACCAUGGUGUUGAGGAGAUGACCGGCUACCCGGACAUCUGCAUCUUCGUGGAUGAGAUCAAAGAGCGAAACCCCAUCGCAGAGAUGGUGCGUAUCGGCGUGCCUUGCAUUGGCAUGGUCGACUCCAACAACGAUCCAAAGUUCGUGGACAUUGCCAUCCCUUCGAAUACCUCGAACACGAAGUCCAUUGACCUUGUCAUUGGCAAGAUCUGCGAUGCGAUCAAGAAGGGCAAGGUCCGACGCUCCGACUCGUGA